AAAGCUUUAAAACUAAGUUACCCUUGUCGUUUAACUUUUUAAUCAUGUCCCAUUUCUUGCUAAAGGAUCGAGCUGUGUAACUUGACAAAAGGCAUAAUCUAUUCAACUCUGUAUCUGUCAGCGGAUAAGGGUCGAGCAUGGAUCUACUGGAGUGUCCGAUCUGUCUGUUCCUCAUGUGCGAGCCAGUGACCAUGAGCUGUGGUCACUCUUUCUGCAGGAGAUGCAUGGGAGCCUUCCUGCCCUCGCGAUGCCCCACAUGCAAAGACCGAUUGAAACACAGAGAUGCGAAAAACAUCAAAAACAAUGUGUUACUCUUCAGCGUCAUUGAGAAAUGCUGCCCUGAAGAGACUAAGAUGAAAUGUCACAUUCAAGAGAAACUGAAAACGAGCGAAUUUACAGAAGCUCUGCGUAUUGCUGAUGAAGGGAUCGAGAUGGCCCCUGAAGAUGUGAGUCUGAAAGUGUGGCGAGCUGAGGCCUGCAUGGGCCUCCGUCGCUUUUCUGAUGCCCUCCGUGACCUGGAUGACCUGUGCUGUGUGCGACCAAACUGGACUGAGGGCUUCUUUCGUAAAGGGAAUGUGCUUCUUGAAAUGGGCAGACAGACCGAAGCCCUCAUCCAGUUUUACCAUUGCCUAAAGCAGCAUCCUGAUUUUGCCCCUGCAAAAAAUCAGAUUAAGAAGAUCCUGGAAGCAGAGGGCAUGGCUGUUCCAGAAGAAGUUCCACAGAUCCUGCAUGUUGUGUCUGAGUACUUGCAAGAGCCCUGUGCUAUCACCAGCUCUGUAAGUGCCUCAUGUCCAGAUGGUCAGCGCUACUCCCACAACAACGCUGAAGGUCAAAGUGAUCCCGUGCAGAAUGCAACUAAAGUGAAGCACGGCACCAGCGGCGAGUGCUGUCUGAGCCUGUGUCAGGCCGUGUCCUUCCUCCCCACGGCUGAGGAUGAUGAUGAACUGAUGAUGAAGAGAGAAGAGAAACAGAACAGAGGUAUGUGCAGUGUGGGCAGAGGAUCCUGCCUCAGCGUUCUGACAGUGACUGAUUUUGAGUGCCCUCUCUGCAUCAGGUUAUUCUAUGAGCCAGUGACAACACCCUGUGGACACACCUUCUGCAAAAACUGCAUUGAGAGAAGUCUGGACCAUAAUCUACGCUGUCCACUUUGUAAACAACCACUGCAGGAGUAUUUGAAGAACAGGAAGUACAACAACACAGUGCUGCUGCAGGAGAUCAUGUCCCGCCUCUUCCCCCAGCAGUUGGCAGAAAGGAAACAGGUGCAUGAGGCGGAGAUGGCAGAGCUCUCAAAUUUGACUAAGGACAUCCCGAUCUUUGUGUGCACGGUGGCGUACCCUGGCAUCCCAUGUCCGCUGCACAUCUUUGAGCCUCGUUACCGUCUGAUGAUGCGGCGAUGUAUGGAGACAGGCACCAAAAAGUUUGGCAUGUGCAGCUACGAGCAUGGCAAAGGCUUUGCAGAUUAUGGCUGCAUGUUGGAUAUUUUGGAUCUGGAUUUGCUUCCUGAUGGUCGCUCCUAUGUGGAAACAGUGGGAGGAAGUCGCUUCCGAGUGCUCAGGAGAGGACAGAGAGAUGGCUACCACACAGCUGAUAUUGAGUACCUGGAAGAUCAUAAGGUUGAAGGUGCUGAGCUUGAAUUAGUGCAGCGUCUCCAUGACAGUGUGUAUCAGCAAGCGAGAGAGUGGCACCAGCGCCUGAACAGCCGCAUUCAGGAACAGAUCAGCCAGCAGUACGGCAUCAUGCCCGAGAAAGAGGACAAUAUACAGGCAUCUGCUAAUGGGCCGGCCUGGUGCUGGUGGCUGCUGUCGGUGCUGCAGUUAGAUCCAGCCUAUCAGACCACCGUUCUGUCUGUGACCUCCUUGAAGGACAGACUGGGUCAUCUACGUAUCGUACUAGAAUACUUCUCUCAGAGUUAGGACGGAGACCCAUUAUGUGCCCAUAUAUCUGAUCACAUCACAUGCAUGCACCACAAGAAAACAUGAAUUUUCUUCUCAUUUAAACAGAGCCAUU